AUUGAAUUGAAAUAUAUAUUAAUUUAUUAUAAAAUAAUUAAUGAACUAAACUGUGGUUAUGAAUUGAAUGCAAAUUGAAGAAAAUAAUGGUGAUUUCCUACCAAUGCUUAUACAUAUUGGUGGUACUCUUAUACGUGAUAACAAUGGAAACCUUCAAUAUGUUGAUGGGGAAUGUGAGAGAUGGAAAGUGAAUCCUAAUUUGUUAACUAUGUGGGAGUUCUAUGAGAAAGUAAAAUUUGGUAGAUACGAUGUUGAGGAAGUGUUAAAUGUGUUGAAGGAGAAUGGGAAUGUUCAUAUUUAUGUGUCUUAUAUCCCCAAUUUUGCUGAGAUUGUGGAAGUUUUGAUGCUUCCAGCACCUAGUGAACAUAUGGAACCUAUAUUUGUGGUAGAUGUGAUAAAGAUGGUUUUGAUGGGGAGUUUACUGAUGCUGGUGGGAGUAGGAUUAAUGAGGAUGAGGUGGUAUGAAGGUGGCCUUGAAGAUGUCCCUGAGUGGUCUGAUAAUGAUGAUGAUGAGACUGUUCUAGCAAGGGAUAAUCUAAGGAAUUUUAGAGCAAAUCAAAUUGGGGUUGCUUCUAGUUUUGCAGCAACAGGUAAUGUAGAUGUAGGAGACCAAGAUGAGGAUGCUGGAGAAAUACAAUCUAAUGAUGAAGUGAGUUACAUCUCCACAAGUAAUGAAAAGGAUGAGGAAGCAGAUCAUGGUAGGAGGAGGAAAGCUAGACACAAAGUGUUUAAAGAAGUUGACGGCAUUCCAAAAAUUGAGCUUGGCAUGAUAUUUUUGAACAAGAAACAAUUUAAGAAGGCUGUGGAUCAAUUGAGCAUCAAACAAAGGAGAGAGAUUACAUGGAAAAAGAAUGACAGUAAAAGGAUGAAGGCAGCAUUGAAUGUUACCAACAAAGUUUGCACAUCUUCUAUUGCUGCCCAGCAUUUGGUAAAGACAAAAGAAGUAGCUAGUCUAUGUUUCAAUAAAGACGACAUUUUUAUUGAAAUUAAGAAUGAUUUAGGUGUGGAGUUAACACUUGUGCAAUGUAAGAAGACAAAGAUGAAGUUGAAAAAGACCUUUGAUUGCUUUGUUGAGGCUGAAUACAAAGUGUUAUUUGACUCUACAAAUGAAUUAAGGUCAAAAGAUCUUGAAGCAAAUAUUGUGCUUGAACGCGCUAGACCAACAACAGAUAUGAAUCCUGUUUUCUUGAGGAUGUAUGUCUAUUUUAGUGCAUUAAAGAAGGGAUUCAUAUCUGGAUGCAGACAUAUAAUAGGAGUUGACGGUGCAUUUCUUAAAGGUGCACAUAAAGGAGAAUUGCUUACUACCGUUGGAAGAGAUGCAAAUGAGCAAAUGUUUCCCAUUGCAUCGGUUGUUGUGGAGGUUGAGACAAGGGAGACAUAGGAAUGGUUUCUUGAAGAAUUGGCAAAAGGUUUACUAAUGGGAGAUGGAAAGAAUUUUUGCAUUAUAUCUGACGAGCAAAAGGUAAGAGAAUGAAUUGUAUAAAGGACCAAGUUAGUC